CCGAGACGGUGGUGCAGUACAGCGGGACUCGAACCAACUACCGCAGCGGGUACCAGGGAGCCUUCGACCUGCUGCUGUACGACAACGCUCAGAUAGGGGUCCGCCACUCAAACAUCAUUUGUGACAGCUGUAAGAAGCACGGCAUUAUGGGAAUGCGCUGGAAGUGUAAGGUGUGCUUCGACUAUGACCUGUGCACUCAGUGUUACAUGAACAACAAACACGACCUGACGCACGCCUUCGAGCGCUACGAGACUGCGCAUUCACAACCGGUGAGUUUGACGCCGCGGCAGAAUCUGUCCAGAAUUAUCCUGAAGGGAAUCUUUCAGGGAGUAAAGGUGGUGCGGGGACCCGACUGGGACUGGGGGAACCAGGACGGUGGUGAGCAUGCGGAGCUGCAGCGGCAGGAGAGUGCAGACAGUCACUCGUUCCAGCAGGGUGAUAAAGUCAAGUGUCUGCUGGAGGUGGAUAUACUGAGGCAGAUGCAGGAGGGGCACGGAGGCUGGAACCCCAAGAUGGCGGAGUACAUUUCCAGAUUCGGGACGGUGCGCUGAAUAACAGACCGAGGAGACGUGCGGGUCCAGUACAGCAAUAUCAUCCGCUGGACAUUUCACCCCGGUGCUCUGACCAAGGCAAGGAACGCUCUAGGGCAGGUGGGUAAGGUGUUGAAGGUGUAUGCUGACGGUGAUCUGCGAGUGGCGUUCGGAGGACAGACGUGGACCUUUAACCCGGCGUGUCUCUCCGCUCAGCCUGGGGAAGUGGACGCAAACCUGAUGACGGUGGAGAACGCCAGCGAAUCCAGCAGUACAGUGAUCUCGGUGCUGGAGAAGCUGUUGUCCCAGUCUACAGAGCAGGAUAACCCGGGCCGGCUGGUCAUCGAAGCGGCUCACGGUAGCGCUGCCAAAGUUCGUGAGCUGCUGCAGAAACACCCCGACAAAGUGGACAUUAAGAACCAGGGAAAGACGGCUCUGCAGGUCGCAGCUCAUCAGGGUCAUGUAGAGGUGGUGAAGGUCCUGCUACAGGCUAACAGUAGCAUUGAAGCUAAAGAUGAGGACGGAGACGCGGCGCUGCACUACACGGCCUUCGGUGAGGAGGAUCUGCUGAUAACGCAGCAUCAGGACUCAUACGGCGACACACCUUUACACGACGCCAUCGCUAAAGACUUCAGGAGCAUCAUUGAGAUCCUGACGGUGGUUCCAAACAUCGAUUUCACUCAGCAGAACAACCGCGGCUUCAACCUGCUGCACCACGCCGCUCUGAAGGGCAACAAACUAGCGACAGAGAUGAUUCUUUCUCGAGCUCGACAGCUGGCGGAUGUGAAGAAGGAGGACGGUUUCUCUGCGCUUCAUCUGGCUGCGCUCAACAACCAUCGCGACGUAGCCGAGAUUCUCCUCAAAGAGGGUCGCUGUGACAUCAACAUCCGCAACAACCGCAACCAGACGCCGCUGCAGCUAGCCGUUACGCAGGGCCACAUGGCGCUCGUAGCGCUGCUAGUGAUGGAGGGAGCAGACGUGAACGCAGAGGACGAGGAUGGAGACACAGCCAUGCACACUUCCCUCAGUAGACAGCAGCUGACCACCGUCAUCAGCAGCGCAGAGGGAGACGGAGCCGUGCUGUACGGCAGGUUGUGCAGUUCGGGGCUGAUGGGAAACACUGAGCUGAAUGUAGGAGCUGCCAUCGCAUGUUUCCUGGCGCAGGAGGGAGCCGAUAUCAGCUACGCUAACCAUAAAGGCAAGAGCCCACUGGACCUGGUGACGGACAGCAGCGUGCAGACCCUCAUCAGGAGCUUUGCGGAGAAACACAGGCUCCAUGCCGUGUCGUGUGGCACCGGCAGUAGCAGCAGCAGCAGCAGUCUCAGGCGUGUUCACACCACACCCAACACUAUGACCAACCUGGCGGUGCCCAGUGUGACGGGGCCCAGCGAGUGCCUGAUCUGCUCGGAGCUCGCUCUGCUGGUGCUCUUCUCACCGUGCCAACACAGCGUCGCAUGUGAAGAAUGUGCUCACAGAAUGAAGAAGUGUAUCCGCUGCCAGGUCACAAUAACAAAGAAAAUUCGACAAGAUCAGACGGAGGUGGAGUGCAGCCCGAGCUCGGAGAACUCAGAACAGCACCACCUGCUGGAGCAGCUGCAGUCGCGCUACAGACAGAUGGAGGAGCGCAUCACCUGCCCCAUCUGCAUAGACAACCAUAUACGGCUGGUGUUCCAGUGUGGCCACGCCUCCUGCAUCGACUGUAGCUCCGCCCUCAAGACCUGCCCCAUCUGCAGACAGACCAUCCGCGAGAGGAUACAGCUCUUCGUCUGAUGCUAACGCUAACACUCACCGCUAAUGCUAACACUCUGAACAUCAGCGCUAGCCAUGCCGCGCCGUCCUCCGUGAGGCACUGCGGGAUGCAGAUCAGCUCUGACUGGCCGGCCAAUCACUGCGUUGCGUUUUGCAUAUGGGAUAUUGUGCUGUUUGAUUGACUCUGAGGAUCAGAUACACACUACAGAGACUUUCUUACCCAGCAUGCACUUGGACAUGAAGCAACGCAUCCUGCCAUAUUUUACCCUAAAAUACAAAAGAGGAAGGUUC